CUUCCAAGAUGUCGAUUAGCCGGCGAAGGCUGUGUGUUGAAGAGCUAUUAAAUAAUCCUCCGAAUACCUUUUUAGAGGCGUCUGAAAUACUUCUUAAAUUUGCCAACAAUGUUCUGAAUGAUCCAGAAAACCCCAAAUAUCGCUCAAUUCGUGUCAGCAAUCCGAAAGUGGAGCAGAAGUUACUGUUGGUCAGCGGUGGGAUGGAGUGUCUGUUUGCAAUGGGAUUUCAGGAAGAUGGAGAAUACCUCCGCCUUCCACGGAAUGUCCUUCUUGAUGAAAUGCGGAGUGUAAGAGAUGAGCUUCAUGAGGUGAGACAACAGCAGGUUAAUCAGCAAGGAGCUGGUCAGCCUAAACCACAGCAGCCAACACCACAGACCACUCCACUUCAGACUCCUGCCUUUAAUGUAGCCCUAAUGGCCAAAGAAAUGACAUUCUACAGCAAGUUGAGGUCAAGCUUUGAUCAUGUCCUUGUAUAUGAAGACCCAGCCCUUCAAGCCAAAGCAAGAGACUGUAUGCCUUUACAGGAAAUGAGAGCCGAGGCUCAAAAGAAGUUUGAUGAACUCAGUGCCCACAGCAAAGCAAUGAAUAAACCUGUGGAAAUUGAUGUGAAUGACAUUCUGAUAUUAGAACUUGUAAACUGGUACAAAGAUUUUUUUAGCUGGGUCAAUGCACCAAAUUGCGAUAGUUGUGGGGGUGCAACCGAAAAUGCAGGGAUGGCGGAACCAACUGCAGAGGAUAGAAAAUGGGGAGCUGGAAGAGUGGAGAAUUACUGGUGUGGCAACUGUAGAAAGCAUGUACGUUUUCCGCGUUACAAUCAUCCUGGAAAACUGCUGGAGACCAGACGUGGCAGGUGUGGAGAAUAUGCCAAUUGUUUUACCCUCUGCUGCAGAGCUGUGGGGUAUGAGGCCAGGUAUGUUUUGGACUGGACAGAUCAUGUCUGGACAGAGGUUUACUCACGGUCUCAGAAGCGCUGGCUGCACUGUGACACGUGUGAGAAAGGCUGUGACAAGCCAUUGUUGUAUGAGGUUGGCUGGGGCAAGAAACUGACCUAUGUGAUAGCAUUCUCAAAGGAUGAUAUCCAGGAUGUGACAUGGAGGUACACCAGGAACUUUCAGGAGAUUCUCUCUCGGAGAAAUGAGUGCAGGGAAAACUGGCUAGUCAAUACCAUCUUAGCUAUGAGAAAAGAGAGGCAGAAGCACCUUCCACCUGCCAGAGCACAGGAGCUGGAACACAGAACCCUGGUUGAGCUGGUAGAAUUUAUGACGCCAAAGAAAGAAUUGAAAGAAGGGGAGGAUGUUGGAAGACAGUCAGGUUCUCUAGCAUGGAGAAUAGCAAGAGGUGAGGUAGGGGCACCACCAAAACUAAAGACCAACACACCUGUGAUAUUUAAGCUGACUGAUGUUGAAAAGGAGAAGAAACUGUUUCACCUAAAAUACUGCUGUGCGAGCGAUACAUAUAUCAGGGUGUCUAAUGACAGUGAAGAAGUAAAAGGUUGGCAAGCUGGUGUGUUUGAAGAGGACUCCGUCUUCAGGAAGGAGGAACAUGAUUGGAAGAUGGUGUACCUUGCCAGGCGUGAAGGUGCUGCUACAGCCUCUAUCACCUGGAAAGUGGACUGCACAGAUUCGGGUCUUUUAGUUGACACAGUUGAGGUUUUAGCAAGCAGCUGUGUGUAUGAAGAUGGCAAAAUUUCCUGGAGACUUUGUGGAGACAAUCAAAUAUGCAUGCCUAUAAAAGAGUCCAAGCGAACCCUGACAGAUGACCUAAAUGGCUGCAGGGAGCUAACUUUGACUGCAGAACUGAGCAAGGGACGAGGUGAUGUAGCAUGGCAGCACACACAGCUGUUCAGACAACAAAAAGAUGAAGUACACAACUUCCCAUUUGAAAUAGUUAUCAAGCUAAAGAAGAAAGACGGUUGAUAUGCUGGUUCAUAAUCAUCUUUUUUUAUAUGUAGAGACCUUGUAGGAUAUAUGUUGUGAGACUUUGUCUUCACCAUCUUACAUAUACUACUUCACCUAGUACUUGCAGCACUGCAGUUCUUUACUUUAAAUUCACUGGGAGGUUUUAUAUGAUAUUAGAAUAUACACCAUUUAGAGGCAACACGAUUGCAAUAUGUUCAAAACUUAUCACACAUUUUGUGAUACGGUUUGCAGGUAUUUCUGUGAUUCUAGUUCCACAUCUGCCAAAGUAAAUUUCAACUUUAGAGUCUUGAAAUUCAGGUACUAGUAAUAUUCUUGAAGAGAGUCCAGGUGUAUGAAAAUUUCUCUUCCUUUGAGGUUGAAGCAAUUUUCCUGGCCCUUGCACACCAGGUAGAUUUAUUAUGAAUCAGGCAAAUUUUUUUAAUUAUAGGAACUAAUCAUUUUAAUGUACUUAACAAAACAUGUUUAUCAGUUGAAUUCAAACUCUAUUAAAACUAUUUACAGAAAUGAUUUGAUAUUUUCAUUUAGGAUAUAUCUUUUUCUUGAAAUGAUAAUUGCUAAAAACUUCCAAAGAUUCUUUACUUCCAUGCAUUGUCUGUGUGACUCUUUUUUUUUUCUUUUUUUUACCUUACCACAGUUCUUUUGACAAUUGUUAAGUUUCUGGGUAUGUACCAGUUUUGCUGUCUAGUAUUUAAAAAUAUGUUAAAACCAUCAGUGACAACAGACACGUACAGUAUUCAGGGAAGACAGAAGCCUUUUCUACAUGUCAGCAUUUUAUUUUUCAAUUCUUGCAAGAAAAAUAAAGACAUCUAUUAACAUACC